CAGCUAAUAAAAAGUGGAAAAAAUGUGAUGUUUUCUCUUCUAUGCAUUGCAAAAUCCCAAUGAAAGAACAAUCCUUAAGAGUAGCAGUGAUCGGAGCUGGCAUGGCCGGCCUACUCGCCGCUCGUGAGCUUAAAAGAGAAGGCCACCAGGUCAUCGUCUUCGAGAAAAGCAGUAGGCUCGGUGGAACCUGGGUCUAUGACCCACGUGUAGAAACCGACCCAUUGGGUCUUGACCCGUCCCGCAAGAUUGUCCAUAGCAGCAUGUACAGUUCGCUCCGGGUCAACCUUCCGAGGCGGCUCAUGGGCUUCUUGGAUUACCCGUUUCUGGAAAAACAGGGUGGGGACCCAAGGGAGUUUCCUGGUCAUCGGGAGGUGCUCCGGUACCUGGAAGAUUUCGCCCGAGAUUUCUGGUUGGUUGAGUUGAUACGGUUCGAGCACGAAGUGUUCCGGGUUGAACGAGUUAAUGGAGUGAGUCACGAGUGGAUCGUUGAGUGGAGGACUCGGGAAGGUGAGUCAGAAGAAGAGGAGGCGUUUGAAGCCGUGGUUGUAUGUAACGGUCAUCACACAGAGCCAAGAAUCGCCGAGUUUCCAGGCAUGGAUACGUGGCCAGGAGUGCAAAUACACAGCCACAACUACCGGACGCCUGAACCAUUUAAAACUAAAAUUGUUGUGCUAAUUGGAAAUGGACCUAGUGCACAUGACAUCUUGAGAGAGAUUUCCUCUGUUGCAAAAGAAGUUCAUCAAGCCCUACGAGCCUCAGAUGUCCAUUUCAAAAAGUUGGAAAAUUGCAAUAAUAUCUGGCAACAUCCAGUGAUAGAACGCGCUGAUGAAGGUGGUAAAGUAAUAUUCCAAGAUGGAUCAUUUGUCUGUGCAGAUAUCAUCAUCCACUGUACUGGGUACAAGUACCAUUUCCCAUUCUUAAGAACAAAUGGAAUAGUGAGCAUGGAUGACAACUGUGUUGGUCCCCUGUACAAACAUGUUUUUCCGCCAUACUUGGCUCCUUGGCUUUCUUUUGUUGGGCUACCUUACAGGGCUGUUCCCACGUUAAUAAUUGAGUUACAGUCCCGUUGGUUGGCAAAAGUUUUAUCUGGCAAGUUAGCGCUUCCAUGUCAAGAAGAGAUGGCAUCAUCUGUGGAAGAACUCUACCAGCACAUGAAAGAGAGUGGAAGGCCUAAGCAUCACACUCAUCAGUUUCAGCAGAACAAGUUUGAUUAUGAGAACUGGUUGGUCAAGCAAUUGGGAUUACCACCCCUGGAGGACUGGAGAGAACAGUUGUAUUUCUAUGCGAUGAAGAAGAUUACCUCAGAAGCUGGUGAUGAUUAUAGGGACACAUGGGAUAUCAACAAGUGGAUGCAAGAAUAAUGCAAUGUGCUAAAUGCCGAAUAUUUUGUAAGAUAUAAUGCGACGGUGAUUAAUUUUAAGAGGUGUAAUAUCUGUAACUUCACAAUUUAAAAGAUGGGUCGAGUUACUAGUCUCCGACUCUUGUACUAUAAUAAUUACAUUCUAUGGCAAUUACAACAAUCUUUUUACUCGA